CCAGCCAGCCAGCCAGCUUCCUCCUGGUGUCCGCACGUAUACCAGAGAGCGACUGCUGAGUUUCGUGGCUCCUUCGGUUCACUCAGUAGCGCCGGGUGUCUCGACGCGGCAAGAGCUUAUAAUUUGCCCUAGUGUUGCCCUACCAUCCCCCAUUUCUCCAUCGAAUUUUUACACACCGAUCGUAUUUCCUACUGCUUCCCCACCACCACUACACUACACUAACCCAACCACCCACUUACCCACCCACUCAGUUAUCUCACUCUUCCACACUAUUUCAUCGUAAAUACCUUCUUUUCGAUCACUCAUUAAAACAUGAUCUUCAGUGAUAUUAUAUUAAAUACGUUUUGAGGAUUAUUUAUAUUCAUACAUAUAUAUAUAUAUGUAUAUCGAAUGGAUCUCGCGGGAUAAGGGAGCCGCCCAGCCGCGAAAACGCGCAAAACCCUUCCUACCUUUAGCAACCUAGACGACCAACCCCACUCUCUUCACUCUACUCCGCUUGCGACUCCUCGACGCGCAUGAAAACAUCGGCGCGGCGCGUGCAAUCUUUGUAGUUGACUGGGUGACAGCGUGUGCUUUGGAUCCUACGGAUAGUUUUCUUCGGAGGAUUAUAUCGUUGUACUUCUUCCUCUUCUUUUUCUUCUUCUUCCUACUCUUCCUCCUCCUUCUUUUUCUCUCCUUCUUCUUCUUCGCACUAUUAUUAUUUUUAUUAUUAUUAUUAAUCGUUUCAACAACACCUGUUUUUUUUUUCUUUUUAUUUUUUCCCAUUCUGAUCUCGAUAUAAUCGAAGGAACGUGGAGUUAUGCCAGUGACGAGAGUGCCAACUGUCUUUCAUCCUGAUGGUGGUGGUUGUGAUGUGAAUGAUGAGAUAAAUCAUUCCAAGCUAUCGUCGGACCAGUGCUACCAGUCUGAACUCAAUUGUGAUACUAUUACUACUACUACUGUUACUACCACUAUUGCUACUACUGUUAAAAGUAAUAUCGCUACCAGUGCUGCUGCUGUUGCUGCUGCUACUACUACUACCACUACUACUACUGCUUGUUCUCGUGCUAUUGGUGCUCAAUCAAGGAAACGUAACCAUUACGCAUUUGUGACUUUUCUUCGGAUCAACAUGACAGCCGUUAUCAUCGGUAUUAUCGGUGUCUUCGUUGUCCAGUUCGCUGGUACACUUGGUAUCUCCAACAAAGGUGGUGACAUCAAAGUUGAAAUAAAAAUGCCAAGGGAAGCUGAGGAAGGUUCCACAGUCGAAUUAAGAUGCGAAUGGCGACUUUUGGGUGGAGCUGGUCUUUAUUCCGUCAAGUGGUACAAGGACGAACACGAAUUUUUCCGAUACGUACCAGACAACGAUCCCAAAAUACAAACAUUUCCACAACUUGGUAUACACCUCGACAAGAGGUCAAACAGCGAAAAGUCGAUAAGGUUGGCGAACGUGAGGUUGGAGACAUCCGGUCAAUACAAAUGCGAGGUAUCAACCGAAGGUCCAUCGUUCGCCUCGUUUCAUAAAACCGCUAAUUUAACAGUAAUUGCUCUUCCGGAACGAGGACCGGAAAUCACGGGCUUAUCCGAGCACUACGCCGUUGGCGAAAACGUGACUGCCAACUGUACGGCCUGGCCUUCGAUACCAAAAGCCGAUCUCCGCUGGACCAUCAAUGGAGAAACGGUGCCAGCAGAGAACACGGUACAGCAUCCACCUCUGGCUCCAAUAAACUCCAAAGGUAUACCAAACAGCCUUGGUUUACGUCUGGAAGCAGAACCAAGACACUUCGGUGGUGGUAGGCUGGUUAAGAUCAAAUGCAUCGCCAAAGUCGGUUCUCAUAUGUACGAAGCUAAGAGGGAGGUCAUGAUGGCCUAUGUGAACAACCAGAGGCUGAGUGCCGGUGAUCUUCGCAGCAACAGAGCCUGUCGUAACGACGAUCGAUUUCUGUAUGGUCCUCUGAUCUUUUCGAUCCUUUUGAUCAUCGUUGCAACGUGACCGUGCAGAACGUGAACAGAGUUAUCCGCGAAUCACGCUUUAACGCGUAUUACGUCACGUCUGCUAGACGGAUUCAGUGUCAGUCGUCCGAUCCUUACGUAUAAUAUUAACCUAGCCGUUAAGGUAUUAGAUGAGUGAUCUACUAUGAUCCGAACGACGAUGACUAAUUUUUGUUACUUUCAUUUCUUUUCUUUGUCUAUCUCUUUAUCUCUUUCUCUUUCUCUCUUUUUCUGUUUUUCUCUGUUUCUCUGUCUGUCUCUCUUUAUCCUUUUGUUUCUUUAUUUUUUUGUUUUUUUACUUUCUCUCUCUUUCUCUCUCUCUCUCUUUCUCUAUCUUUCUCUUUCUUAUUUCUCUUUUAUUUUUCUUUUAAUUUCAUCAUCAAUCCGGAGUAAAAAAGUAAAGAAGCUUACCCAAACGCUUUUCUUGACUGUCACAUAAAACCUCGUUAUAUCGUUGACUUACAAUUAUUUUCUGAACACUCGAAUUAUCUGUACUUAUUAUUAGAGAUAUGUCAAUAACUUCAUAUAUAUGUAUAUGUGUAUAUUUUGAUUUAUUAUUAAUUAAUUUAUUUAUUUAUUUAAAAAGGUACCGAUAGGUCGUUUUACUUAUACGUUUAUUAUAUCGAUUCAAAUCAAUUUCUAUUGUUAAUUUUAAUAAGUAAAAAAAAAAAACAAAAAAAGAAGAACUCGACGAUUUCGACAGAGAGAAAAAAAAACGUUUUAAUUCGUCGAUAAUAUCCCGUUGGCAUAUUUUAAACGACUUCACCAAUGAGAUUUCUUUUCCUUAUCAGUCUAUUAAAUCCUGAUCCUCCUAACGAGUUCUAGAACGACCGAAAGCUUCUUUAAACUUUCUUAUAGUAGAACGAAGUCCGAUCAUUUUCUUGCCUUUACUCGUCGAAGCUUAAAAGUUACAACGGUUGUCGGUUAGCUUGUUCGGCAAAAUCUGAUAUCGAUUAUUUGUCGAUUGUCGUUUAAUAAUGUCACCAAUUUUCGACGAAAUAAUAGAAAAUACGAACCGCGCGAAACGAAACGAAACGAAACGAAACGAAACGAAACGAAACGGAAUGAAACGAAACGAGACAUAUCGUUGCACCCGAACGAGCGCAAAACAGCGACGAUAAAUAAAUUCAUUUAAACCCGACAUUCGAUUACUUUGCGCAAUUAACAGACAUUUUUUGUAGAAUUUGUUUAGAAAAAUUUUUCCAUGAGCCACCAUUAAGUAGAGGACCAUUGGAAGGAAGAGGAUGAAGAGUGCGAGCGAGAACUGAGAGGAGAGAAAAAUUGGAAGAAAAUUACACGCAUGAUAUUUAUUUGAAAAAUUAUAACAAUUUUGUAUAUCGCUAGAUAGAAAGAGAAACAGAGAGAGAGAGAGAGAGAGAGAGAAAGAGAAAUACAUUUUCUCUUCUUUAUUUCGAACUAAUGAAACCGGACUCGUAGAGAGUAAUUAUCGACUUUUUAAAAAUGUUCAGUGUAAGAGGGUGAGGAAAAAGAGAGCGAGGGAAAGAUAAAAAGAUAUAUAUAUAUAUAUAUAUAUAUAUAUAUAUAUAUAUAUAGAAUCAACCCUCCUAUAACACGGUUAAUUCGUUUCGUGUUAUAUCGAAAUUGUGUUAAAAGAAAUUGUGCUAUAUUGGAGAAGAAUUGUACAAGUUUAUUAAGUCGUGCCACACACAUAGACACACGGACAUAUAUAAACAUAUAUCAAAACGACGUUAUAGGAAUAUCGUGUUAAACAAGGUUUCUUUUAUAUGUUGGAAUAUUUUUCACCGUGUUAUAUAGAAACCGUAUUUAUUUUCGGAGUAGCGUGCUUUAAGAGGAGUCAAGUGUGUACAUACGUACGUACGUAAUAGGUACAUAUACGAGACUUUCAUAGGACUCUAAAAAAAGUUAACUGUAACAAUCACAAAUAACGUUUCACUUAAAAUCCACGGUAAUUGCCGAGUUUACUGGCUACAACGAUAAAAAAAAAGGGACAAAUUACCCGCAGGAGAAAGAGAGAGAGAGAGAGAGAGAGAGAGAGAGAGAGAGAGAGAGAGAGAGAGAAAGAUAAAUCGCAAGUAUAUAAGUAAACGAUCGUAUGCGUCACCUGCGAGUAACACUUCGAUCGAUAACCGGAACUUACCGAUGUCGAUUAGAAACUAUAUACGUAGGUUCGUAUGUGUAUGUAUAAGUUAUGAACGUAUAUAUGCACAGUGAAUGCAUGUACGUGUAUUUACAUACAAACGUACGUACGUAACACUCAAAAUCUUGUAGAAUUUUCGAUGAUCGAGUGAAACUUUAUCGCAAGUUGAAACGUUUCGUUCGCAAAUAUACGAAAGUUCAUGUCGUUUUGUUUAUUUGUGACUGGUUGUACGUUCGUCCUAGCGCUACCGUUAUCGUUAUCAUUAUCGUUAUCAUUAUCGUUAUCAUCCCCGUCGAACAUUUUCCACGUUGUUCCGUGUGAACUCGAGUGUUAGACGUUUUCAUCGUAACGUCGAGGCGGUCUCGCGACUCUCGUUAACGUUAACAAAAGCGUUGCUCGGCUUGAGUAAGAAAGAGAAAGAGAAAGAGAAAGAGAAAUGGAGAGAGAGAGAGAGAAAGAGUGAAAGAGAAAGAGAAAGAGAGAAAGAGAAAAAGACAGACAGAGAGAAAGAGAGAAAGAGACAGAAAGAAAAAUGCCAAGAGGUAAAAGUAAAAACGCGACGAUUCUAAGGGAAGACGCGAUCAUGCUCGACUACCCUUCGUCGGAAAGACACGACAAAAGGGAGAGAAAGAGAGAGAGAGAGAGAGAGAUAGGAAGGGUUGGUAAGACAAGAAAGUAAUUGUCAGAUGUAGCAUAGAGUGAAAGAGUGCGAAAAAAAGAGAGAGAGAGAGAGAGAGAGAGAGAGAGAGAAAGAAGGUUAAAGUUAAAAGAAAGAAAGAAAGAAAGAAAGAAGAAGAAAAAUGAGAAAAGUAAGAAAGCAUGAGCGAUUGUGUGCCUGACCGAGGCAAACGUGCUGAACUAGAGAACGAGACGUGCGAGACUCAAGAGGAAAAUAGUCUUAGAGUAGAAGGAACUACUAUAUGUAGUAACGGGGUCUAACGAAAAUAAAGAAAGGAAAAAGAAAAAAGAAGUAAAACGUAGAGCCAGAAAGAAAUAGAACGAUGCUAGGACGUUGGGUGGUGCGUAGUACAUUAUAUGUAUGUAUCUAUGUUGAAAUGAAAGUGCAAGAUUUACUACGUCAUUGUAUCAUGUUCAUAUAUAUAUAUGAACGCAUGCAUAUGAAGUUAUGAAGGAUUGAAAUAUACAUAUAAAAAAGAGGAAGUAAUCAUGGUCGAGUUACGUCACAAAGUAUUCUCUCUCUCUCUCUCUCUCUCUCUCUCUUUCUUUCUUUCUUUCUUUUUCUUUCUUAUUUCGAUCACUAUCGUUCAUCGACCCGACUCGUUAUUUAUUACUUCGAAUAAUUUAUGACUUUACUAGAUCCCUCUCUCUCUCUCUCUCUCCUUCUCUCACUUUUACACACACAUACACAUAUAUACAUCUACACAGAUUGUAUUGAGCCAAUCUUGCGCAUAAACACCACCUUAAACGAGCAACGCACAGCCAAAGUUUUAUCGACGCGAAUAUCGGCUUCGUGAAAGAACGUCAUCCUCGUCAUCGUCGUCGUCGUCGUCGUCGUCGUCGUCGACGUCGUUGUCGUCAUCAUCGUCGUCGUCGUCGUCGUCGUCGUCGUCGUCGUCGUCGUCGUCGUCGUCGUCGUCGUCGUCGUCGUCGUCGUUUUGAAAAAAGAAAAGAUGCUUUCGUUGCGCGUUUACGAGCAAAGAAGACUCGCUCGGCUCCGAUACGGUUCGCUGCGUCAGAUGAUCCCGAUUUUUCUUUCUAUUUUUUUUUCUUCUUCCUUUUUAUUUUUUUUUUUUGUUUUUAUACUUUCCCCUCUCUCUCUCUCUCUCUCUCUCUCUUUCUCUCUCUCUUUAUCUUUCUCAUAACGAUCCUACCUACCUUCCUUUUUUCUUCCGUAGCUCGUAUGUCAUUAACGUUGACACGUCUACCGAGCGAGGAACUUAAUGGCUCCGGAGAUGAGACGGAAGAAAAUCCGUAGUACGUUCGGUGAAUCUCUCGAUUACGUUACCGAGCUACGUCCGUGAAAUGAAAAGAAUGUAGAUCAGUCGAGAUUAGUACACCAACGUGAGACUGGAUAAAAAAAGGAUUUGAUCUGUUCGAAAAAAAAAAAAGAAAAAGAAAAGGAAAAAAAGAAAAAUAAGGACGUCGUGCAAUACGUGAGACACUUUACGUGUCACGAAAGUAUUUCCCAAAUGUUUUAUUUAACAAAUCCGUGAGGACGUUUAAUUUUCAGAAAGUUCUCGUAAAACUUUUACGUGAGUUCUUUAGAAUAACGUAGUAAAGAUUUUUACUUUUUUUUUUUUUUUUUAAAUAAUAUAACAGAGAGUAUCGUUCUACCAGAUUCUUAUAAAUUAUAUUUUAUAUCGUUAACAGAUAAUUAGAAUGGUAUUAUUAAAAUAGUUGAGAAAUGCUGUCUCGAAACUUUGGAAAACUUUCGUCUAUCAAAAAAUUAUGUAAUUUCAAAGUUAUCGUAUUACUUUUGUACUAUUGCAAUUAUAUUCUCUCUCUUUCUCUCUUUCUCACACACAUAGACACUCUGUAUAUAGUAUAUAUGAAUAUAGUAUCUUUUUCUCUCUUAUUUAUUGUCGAUAUAACUUGUACUUAAA